AUGCCAGACGUUAUCACAACCACAGUGAGCGCAUUAGAGACUCCACAGGUCCCCUCAAAAUACCAAACAGCUCGAAACGCGUCAAAAGUAUACAGUGACUCAAUCUCACGUCGGACCCAAUACUCUUCGAAAUGCACCUGCACAUCGCCAUAUCACACCAACGAAUCAUUCUACCACAGCCAGUUCAAAACCUACCGAAACCAAGUCAGAUGGGUCAUGGGUGGAUUUGUGGUCUUCAGACAGCCACUAUAUUUAAAACGCAAUAAGUCUACUCUCCACCACGAUAGUAUUCCAAUUCAACCGCUCGGAACUGCUCAGCUCCAGUCAAGGACUCCAGAAGGAAUCCCUCCAAUGACAUUCUUCAUCCCUCGACAUCGGAAACGAUAG